AUGACCAGUUCAUCUGUCAGAAAGGGCGGACCAGUGCUCAAAGGACCAUAUGACUUUCCAGACAGUCCACUAAACCGUUCGGCCCGGCAGCCGUUGAUGCUAGGGGUGUUCCUCGACCUGCAAGACCGCAAGAUCUCGAAUCACCCUACCAGCAACACUUGGAAGUUUGACUACAAUGCCAACAUUGUCCGCAAAGCCGAUGAAUUGGGCUUCGACAUCGCUUUCAGUCGGACGCAAUGGCUCCCCAAGGGUGGGUAUGAUGGCGAGGCAUCCCUGGACUCAUUUAUUGCGCUGGGUGCCAUGGCUGCUAUUACCAAGAAUAUUCUGCUCGUCUCAACUAUACACGUUCUGUAUGGACCGUUGCACCCUCUGCACAUAGCCAAGUAUGGAGCAACCUUGGAUCAUAUCGCCAAUGGACGUUGGGGCAUCAACAUCGUAACAGGUCAUCGUGCGGUUGAACACCAGAUGUUUGGAUGGAACCGUAUUGAGCACGACAAAAGGUACGAGAUGGCGGCGGAGUUGUUCAAUGUUGUGAACAGUCUCUGGGGUGAGGAUGAGAAUCUGACUUACGAGGGCCGCGUCUCGCCUUGGAAGCUGGAGAAUGCUUGGAUCACCCCCAAGCCUUUGUACGGUCGCCCAGUUCUGGUCAAUGCCACUGGCUCUCCGGCAGGCAUCGACUUUGCAGUGCGUUACUCCGAUCUAGUAUUCAUCACCUCACCCGCUGGCGCCGAUAUUGGAAGCGCCCUAGAGUCACUCCCAGAUCACAUCGCCACCAUUAAGAAAGCCGCCGAGGUUGCUAGCCGUCCGAUCAAAGUACUCAUCAACCCUGUCAUCGUGUCACGAGACACGCCCGAGGAGACAGACGCGUAUCUCAAGGCCGUGGUGGAUGGCAUGAGCACAGUCAAGGAGGAGAAGCAAGCCUUCAUCAAGUCAUACGACAGCGAUGCACAUGCUUGGCAGGAUCGCAAGAACAACCCCAGCAAGCAAGGUUUCAACCUGGGUGGCAACGUUGAGGUCAUAGGCUCGCCGAAGCAAGUGGUUGAGCAGCUGACUGCUUUGCAUCGUGUCGGCAUCGAUGGGGUGCAGCUAGGCUUCCUUGAUUGGGAGGUAGACUUCAACCAUUUCGCCGAGAAGAUCCUGCCGCUGCUCAAAGAAGCUGGACUUCGAGUUGACUGA